GUUUCCAACCCUAGCACUGGCAAGAUUACUAUCUGCAGUGGAACAUCUCUGAAUACCCUGGUGUGACCAAUGUGAGGUUUCCUGAUAGCAUGAUAUGGAAGCCAGACAUCCUGCUGUAUAACAGUGCCGAUGAGCGGUUUGAUGCUACCUUUCACACCAACAUCCUGAUCAACUCCUCUGGACACUGCCAGUACCUACCACCAGGUAUAUUUAAGAGCACCUGCUACAUCGAUGUCCGAUGGUUCCCGUUCGAUGUUCAAAGGUGUGACCUUAAGUUUGGCUCCUGGACCUACGGCGGAUGGUCCCUAGACCUGCAGAUGGUGGACGCUGACGUCACCGGGUACAUUCCCAAUGGAGAGUGGGACCUUGUAGGCAAGUCUGCAGUCCCUGGGCGCAGGAAUGAGAAGUUCUACGAGUGCUGCAAGGAGCCCUACCCAGAUGUGACAUUCACCGUCGUGAUGCGCAGGCGCACCCUCUACUAUGGCCUCAAUCUGCUCAUCCCCUGCGUUCUCAUCUCCACGCUGGCCCUGCUGGUCUUCCUGCUGCCUGCCGACUCGGGGGAGAAGAUCUCGCUGGGAAUCACAGUGCUGCUCUCACUGACCGUCUUCAUGCUGCUGGUAGCGGAGAUCAUGCCAGCCACGUCCGAUUCUGUGCCGUUAAUUGCCCAGUACUUUGCCACCACCAUGGUCAUAGUUGGUCUGUCUGUGAUUGCAACUGUCCUGGUUUUACAGUAUCACCACCAUGAUCCCGAAGGAGGCAAAAUGCCAAAAUGGACUCGCGUGGUCCUGCUGAACUGGUGUGCCUGGUUCAUGCGGAUGAAGCGUCCCGGAGAGGAGAGGGUGCGGCUGGCCUGCCACAACAAGCAUCCUCGCGGCAGCAUCUCCAGCGCGGAGCUGAACGCCAGCAACGGCGCGGCUCCGUCGUGCGCCAACGGCAACGUGCUCUACAUCGGCUUCCGAGGAAUGGAGGCCGUGCCCUGCGCCGCCACGCCUGACUCCGGAGUGAUCUGCGCACGGCUGGCGGGGGCCGGGGACGAGGACGUACCGCUGCCCGGGGGACAUUGCUCGUCGGCCGGGGGCAGCGACCCAGAGCUGGCCAAGAUCCUGGAUGAGGUGCGCUACAUCGCCAAGCGCUUCCGGGACCAAGAUGAGGGUGAGACCGUGUGCAACGAGUGGAAGUUCGCGGCGGCCGUCAUUGACCGCCUCUGCCUCAUGGCCUUCUCCAUCUUCACUAUCCUCUGCACUAUUGGCAUCCUCAUGUCCGCCCCCAACUUCGUUGAGGCCAUCUCCAAAGAUUUCUUCACCUGAGCUUCGCUGGCCGCGCUCAUUCAGAAGUCCCCACCUCUGCCGGAUCACACUGACCAUUCAGUUCAUCAAAGCACUUUCGC